AUGUGUUGUAAAAAACCUAAAUUUUGUUAUUAUAAUUUAUUCCUUAGCAUACGUUCGUUUGCUGGUCUUCUUAAUAUUGUCAAAUCUUACAAUGAUGCUGGUGGAAUUAUGAUUAGUUCAAUUCUUCAUGCUAUUGUUGUAAUUUUGGUAAUUGGUUCAUAUGCUAUUAUAUUUAUAUGUUGUGAUCAAUCAACAUCAUCUUUUGAAACAUUUGUUCUUAUAAAAUGUGGAAAAAUAUGGCAAAGAGUUUCUUCUAUUUGUAUUAUAUUAUAUACGUAUGGUCUAAGUAUAACAUUUUUUAUUAUCAUUGGUGAUCAACUAGAUCGAUUUCUAACUUUUGCUGUCGGUGAACACUAUUGUUCUCAUUGGUAUCUUGAUCGUCGAGUAAUGAUUAUAGCAACAUCAAUGGUCUUCGUUUUCCCUUUAUGUUUUUCAAAGACAAUGAAAUUUCUUCGAAUUCCAAGUAUGUUUGGUGUUUUGGCAAUAAUUUAUGUUGUUAUAAUGGUACCUAUUCAAUAUUUUCUUCAUCGUCCAACAGAUGUUAUUAUUAAAAAACAUCCUGAAUCAUGGACAGAUAUUUUUUUAGUUUUACCAACAAUGUGUUUUUGUUAUCAAGCUCAAAUAAAUGCUGUACCAGUUUUUGUAUCAUUAAAAACUCGUGCUGAUUGUAUUAAAGCAACAUUAGUAUCAACAAUUAUUUUAGUUGCUAGUUAUUGUUCAGUAGCUAUUUGUGGUUAUCUUACAUUUGGAAUAACUGUUGAUCAUGAUAUAUUAGUAAGAAAUUGAUUUAUAUUCAAAAGAAAAUCCUUUAGUUUUUGUGGUUAUGUCCCUUUGGGUCCAGAGAAAGGUCUCAAAAGAUGCAAAAUCUGUACUUAAUGAUCAUUCUUUUGUUACUAAUUUGCCUCUAAUCCCGUUGAGUCAUGGCGUCGCAAAAAAAAGUGAGUCUAGUUUCUGAAAGCUCUUAAAAUUUUGUAUCUUUUGAUAAAUUACUCAAACUGUAAAAAGAUGUGAACAGGAUUUUAGUAGGAACUACAGUUGUUGCACUAAGUGGUAAAACCAUACAAUCUGAGGUCAUAUUUUUAUUUGAAAUAAAACCUAAUCUAUAAAGUGGUCAAUGGCAAGUGAAAUUGGUGAUUGAGAGUUAUCAAAGUGCACCAAUUGUGGUUCCUAUUAAAAUUCCAUGUAUGUUUUUUUGCAUUUUGACUAAUAUAUCAAAAGAUGCAGAAUUUCAAGGGCUUUCAGAAACUAGAUUCAUUUUUUUGUGACGAUAUGGCUCAACAAGGUUAGAGGCAAACUACUAACAAAAGGAUGACCAUCAAGCAUAGACCUUCUCCUUUGCAGAGUCACGACCGAUUAGUAAAACUUAUUAUAAUGACUGCUGGUAUAGUGUAUUUUGCAGAGAAUUCUUUUCUGUAUCUUUUGAGACCUUUCCUAACUUCAACGGACGAUCAGAGACAUAAAAUAUCUGAAUAAAGUCAUUUUUCUUAAUUUUUAUGGUCUAAACACAAAAAUUGAAGAAUUGUGAUUUUCGGCAGCAAAACCUAAUAUUUUGAAUUCUUAAGAGAGAGUCCAUGACAGGAUCAAGGAACCGAGGCACUGGUCAAAAUUUAAUUUUUUGAUUUUUUAUGUGCAUUUGAAAGACCAUCAUCUAAACCCACCAAACCAAAAUUUUUAGCACUACCAACCGAUUGUCAAAAAAAUAAUCAAAAUUUUCUCAGAGACAUUUACUGAGAUUAUACUUUAACAAGUCAUGGAAUUUUUUCAUACCA